AUGAAUGAAGGACAGAUAGAUGAAUAUGACAAGAGGCCUACAACUGGCCAUGUUGGUCAAAAGUGUAUUGGAUUCAUUUCUGACAAAAACGGAAAUCUAAUUCGCUUAUUACCAAAAGAAAAAGAUGAAAAUAUGAUUGGACCUGGAACGUAUGAUCCAUACAAAUAUGAGAGCAGAACAAAAAGACGUACAAUUUCAAGAAAUUCAAAACGUUCUUCUUUAAUACUUACAGACUACAUGGUUGGCCCAGCUGAUCACUUUGUAUUUGAAACUGGUAUCAAUGUAGGACAUAAAAUAGCUGAAAAACAUGAACCCGUUAUUGAAGCACCAAAAUCAGGUGAAUUAGCGCACGAAUCAUGGACACCUAAACAAGCACGCAUACCAAAAAACAGAUUUCCUCAGACAAAAUUCUCAAGACCUCAAUCAGCAAUUUUUGCUUCAAAAACAAAACGCGAAAUAUUUGAGCAGACACAAACUACACCAGAUCCAGGCAAAUACGAAGCUAAUAAAGUUCCUAAGAAGAGGAAUGUAAAUGAUCAAACACCAAUUUUCAAAAAUCGUAAUGAAAGAUUUACUGAUUCUACGUCAUUUACGCCAGCACCAGGAACAUACCCACUACCAGAAGUUUUUGGAAAUGGCCCUAGAUUUAGUUUGAAUCCUCUUUCUGAGUUUAAACCAAAAGAUAAUCAAAUUGAAAUUACUCCUUCGCCAGGACAAUAUGAAGUUGAACCAGUACCACAACCACAACGUCCAUCUAUGUUUAGGAUUCCAUAUAGAUCAGUUUUAGGAGAGAAUAUCAAGCGAAGGAAACCAGAAAAAGAAAGAUCUCCAGGAAUUUGUAAAUACAACUUAGUCGAUCCUCCUCUGAACGAUACAAGACCAGUUUCCAUCCAAUCAAAGAGAGAAAUUUAUGAAAAUAGUUGGAUUCCUGAAAAUAUUACUCCUGGACCUGCAACUUAUGAUUUGAAACAUACAUAUACAAGAAUCACACCAACAAUACAAUCUGUACCGCAUAAGAAGGAACUAGAACCAGAUAGAUAUGAAGAUUCUAAUCUUGCUUUCUCAACAUUGCACGGAGACUUUAUUCUAAAGUCCAAGAACAAGAGAUAUAACAAGGAUCUCGAAAAUUGGAAAUAA